CUCCUGCUAAAGCUGGCCAGUUCUCACUGGGAGUUCAGUAAUGUCAGGACUUUUGGGAAUCCAGAUGCUGCUGCUGAUGUGGGGCUGUGCCUGCUUUUGCAGCAUCACAGCUGGAGCUCUGAUUAUCUCGGAGGACAAUGAUGUCUCAAAGGGAAUGGGGAACCAGGCCAAUUCUCGCCAGAAAAGAAGUACAAGUGAGAGCACAGUGGAAGUGCACAGUGUGAUGGUUGAAUGCACUGUUACAUCCCGCUUCGCCCACACUGUCAUGACCUCGACUGCUUUAAACAAAGCCAACUCAUCCCAGGAAAUCUUUUUUGAAGUGGAGCUUCCCAAAACUGCAUUUAUCACAAACUUCAGCAUGGAAAUCGAAGGAAAAGUUUAUGUCGGAGAGGUGAAGGAGAAAGAGAAAGCUAAAAAACAGUAUGAGAAAGCCGUUUCAACAGGACAGACAGCUGGGCUGGUCAAGGCUUCUGGAAGAAAGAUGGAGAAGUUUUCUGUCCAUGUCAACAUUGCAGCUGAAAGUAAUGUAACUUUCAUCCUAACCUAUGAGGAACUUCUCCAAAGGAAACUGGGUCAUUAUGAGAUUUUGACCCGAGUAAAACCCAACACAGUCAUCCAGCAGUUUCAGAUUUUGACAAAUAUUUAUGAGCCUCAAGGCCUUUCUUAUGUGGAUGCCAAAGCAACAUUCCUCUCCAAUGAGCUGCUCCCUCUGGUGGAGAAAACUGUCACAGACAAAAAGGCACAUAUCAGUUUUUCACCAACUCCUGAGCAGCAGAGAAAAUGCCCUGGCUGUGACGGAACACUGAUCGAAGGAGAUUUCAUCAUCGAGUAUGAUGUGAAGCGAGAUAAGCAUCUUGGGGAGAUCCAGAUUGUUAAUGGAUACUUUGUGCAUUUCUUUGCACCGCCUGACCUGCACAGAGUUCCUAAGAAUGUGGUGUUUAUAAUCGACAGGAGUGGAUCAAUGUAUGGCAACAAGAUUAAACAGACUCGAGAGGCAAUGCUUGCCAUCCUGCGAGACCUCCACCAAGAGGAUUACUUUGCAGUCAUCCUAUUUGACGACGUAGUGAAUUGUUGGAAGGAGUCCCUUACAAAAGCAACAAAGGAAAAUGUGGCUGAAGCCAUGGAGUAUGUCAAAGGCAUCAGAGAUGAGGGAACUACCAAUAUCAACAGUGCCAUGCUAAGAGGUAUAAACAUGCUGGUUCAAGACAGACAAGAUAAUCACCUUCCUGAGAAAAGCAUGGACAUGGUAAUUUUACUGACUGAUGGAAUGCCAAACGAGGGGGAGUCCAACAUCCAGAAAAUCCAGCAGAAUGUACGUGAAGCCAUGGGAGGAAAUAUGACACUUUUCUGUCUUGGCUUUGGAAACGAUGUAGACUACAACUUCCUGGAUGUGAUGAGCAAAGAAAACAAAGGAUUGGCUCGCAGAAUCUUUGAGGCUUCAGAUGCAGGUCUCCAGCUCCAGGGUUUCUAUGAUGAAGUGUCCAGCCCAUUGCUCUUGGAGGUGGACCUGAAGUAUCCGGACAAUCAAGUGGACUCCCUUACCACUCGUCAUUUCAACCAGCUGUUUAAUGGCUCUGAGAUUGUUGUGGCUGGUCGGCUGAUGGACAAUGACCUUGACAACUUCCUGGUGGAAGUAUUUGGCCAGGGGUUUGAGGAGGAUUUUAGUGUGGAGGGUCAGGCUACGGUCAGUGACUGGGACGUGUUGUACCCUGAUGAGGAGUACAUCUUUGGAGAUUUUACCGAGCGUCUGUGGGCUUACCUCACCAUCCAGCAGCUUCUAGAGAAAAGUAAAAGUGGUGAGCCAGACGAAAAAGCCAACGCCAAAGCAAAGGCAUUGGACAUGUCUCUGCAGUACAACUUUGUCACCCCCCUCACCUCCAUGGUGGUAACCAAACCUGAAACUGAGGACGCAACAGCAAGCCCACUCAUUGCUGACAAACUAACAGAGGAGCAAAGACAACAGGCAGAAAAGGCUCAAAUCAUGGGCACAUCAUAUCUGAGCCAGAUGACACCGAUAAGAUCAUAUUUGAGCCAGAUGACACCGAUGAGAUCUUCAAGUAUUCCAACAUAUUUUGUGGAUGGGGAUCCUCAUUUCAUGAUAGAGCUUCCUAACAGGAACGAUGCUCUGUGCUUCAACAUCAACGACACACCAGGAACCAUUUUUAAUUUAGUCAGAGACUCAAUAUCAGGUAUUUUGGUCAAUGGCCAGAUCAUUGGAGACAAGAAGAUUCCUCCUGAUGGGAAAAUUAAUACCUAUUUUUGGAAAUUUGGCAUCAUUCAUCAGAUUUUUGGGGUGAAGCUGGAGAUAACCACUCAGGAAAUUUUAGUCCUCCAAGAUGGCAAACAGGUCAAGCUGCUGUGGACAGAUAUGGCUUCCCUUAAAGGAGACAAUGUGGAUCUUCUGGUGACCAAAGAUGGAAAGUUAACUGUAACACUGAAGGAUUCAGUGAAGUUUAUCAUCUUGCUACACAAAGUUUGGAAGAAGCACCCAUAUCACAGGGACUACCUGGGUAUCUACACCGUGGACACCCAUCUUCUGUCCCCUUCUGUUCACGGACUGCUAGGUCAGUUUUAUCAUGGGAUUGAUUUUGAAGUGACAAACCUGCAUCCCGGAGAGGAUCCAGAGAAACCAGACGCAACCAUGUUUGUUAAAGGACAAGAGAUAAACGUAACCAGAGGCUGGCAGAGAGACUUCAGGAGGAACUGGAAGGGGGAGAAUGUUCCCUGCUGGUUUGUCCACAAUAAUGGAUUAGGCCUCAUAGAUGGAGUUGAAGCAGACUAUAUUGUGUCUGAUCUUUUUACAGCUGUUUAAAAGUUAUACAUGUCUGCCACUAAAAUGACCAAAAUCAAAUCUGUACUUAAAUCACAAAUACUCACGAAUGCACCCCUGAUAUUCCUCCACCCACAGGAGAGUGGGCUUUAGUCACAGUAUUUGACAAUCAGAAAACCAUUUAAGAAAGAGCAAUAUCUGAUGUGUUGCAAUAUCGGGGUUACAGUUCACAAAACCUGUUUGUUUUGCUUUAAUUUGUUUCUCAUGUGUCUGUUGUAUUUUACAGUUAACUAUAAACUGACACUGGCAUAUUUUCUAAUUCUGGUUAGCAAUAAACUAGCUGAGAGGAUUUCCAAUGGAAAUUGUUUCAGAGCAAAUAAAGAAAAGUAACUCCAAAGUU